AUGGCAGGACACAGGGUUGCACAUGCCACACUGAAAGGGCCUAGUGUUGUGAAGGAGUUGAUUAUUGGUAUGGCACUCGGUUUAGCUGCUGGUGGUCUUUGGAAGAUGCACCACUGGAAUGAGCAGAGGAAAACCAGAGCUUUCUAUGACUUGCUUGAGAGAGCUCUCCACUUGGUAUUUGGGAUUUUUGCGAGUAAUAAACAAAUGUGA